AUGUCUGCUCUCAAGUACACCAACAAACUUCAAGGCCGUCGCGUCCUCGUCGUCGGUGCCUCUUCCGGCGUAGGCUUCUGCGUUGCCGAAGCAGCUCUCGAGCACGGCGCACAAGUCAUCAUCAGCAGCUCCAACCAGACCAAGCUGGACGGCGCCCUCGCCCGUCUCCAAGAGCACGUCAAGGCGGCCAACCUCGGAGACGCCAGCAGGUUGGUAUCAGCCAAGACCUGCGAUCUUGCAAAUGUCGAUAAGCUUGAAGACAACAUUGUUGAGCUCUUUGAGUUUGCCACCAAGGACGGAAAGCUCGACCACGUCGUUUAUACGGCUGGCGAUGCUCUCCGCACUCCUAAACUGGCGGACGUAACGGUCAAGGACAUCCACGCCACUUUCCAGGUGCGCAACACAAGCGCCAUCAUCCUCGCCAAACACUUGGUCAAAUACAUCAACCCCAGCGUGAAAAGCUCAUUCACCCUGACCGGCGGAACGAACACCCAUCGCCCACUUCCCGGCUGGGGCAUCCUGGCCUCUGGAGGAGGCGCCGGCGAGGGUCUGGUUCGCGGGCUCGCCGUGGACAUGAGGCCCGUGAGAUGCAACAGCGUCAUGCUCGGCGCUAUUCACACAGAGCUGUUUGGCAUGUUUCCCCCGGACAAGCUCGAGCUGAUAUUGCAAAAGUUCAGGGACAACGCCAUCACUGGCACUGUCGCGACGCCUGAGGAAGUUGCAGAGGCUUAUAUCUAUUCGAUGAAGGAUUCGUUUGCCACGGGAGCGAUUAUUGAGACUCAUGGAGGUCGUCUUGUUGGUGACAGCCAGGCCCUUGGCAUUUGA